GAAUAUAGUUUGGGGUAGCCAUGAGAUUGUCUCUCUGGUUCAAAUAACCAAAGACAAGACCUGUUCUUCCUUACUCCCACAAAACAACAGCCUCCCAGAAAUGGCACUCAUCAAAACAGUAAUCGGAGCUAUAAAUUUCAUAGCCAUGCUCCUCUCCGUCCCCAUCAUCGGCGCCGGAAUAUGGCUGGCCACCCAACAAGACAAUGCCUGCGUCCAAAUCCUCCAAUGGCCUAUCAUCUUUUUCGGCGUCAUUGUCCUUAUUGUUGCCGUCGCCGGCUUCAUCGGAGCCUUCUGGCGCAUCAGCUGGCUGCUGAUUGUUUACCUCAUCGCCAUGCUGGUCCUCAUUGUGCUUCUGGCUUGCUUGGUGGGUUUUAUUUACAUGGUCACCAUUAGAGGGUCUGGGCAUCUGGAGCCCAACCGGGCUUACUUGGAGUAUCAUCUGGAUGACUUUUCUGGGUUUUUGAGGCACAGAGUUGAAAGCUCGUUUAAAUGGGAUUUGAUUCGGAGCUGCUUGAGUUCUUCUAGUACAUGUGGGCAGUUGAAUCAGAGCUUUCGUAUGGCUCAAGAUUUCUUUAACGCUCCUAUUUCUCCUCUCCAGUCAGGAUGCUGCAAGCCGCCGACGCUGUGUGGGUACACAUUUGUGAACCCAACAUACUGGAUAAUGCCGAUAAACAAUGCAGCCGACAUGGACUGCUUGAAGUGGAACAACGAUCAAACCCAGCUGUGUUAUGGCUGUGACUCUUGCAAGGCAGGGUUGCUGGAGAGCUUGAAGAAUCAAUGGAGGAAGGCUGAUAUUGUGCUGCUCUUGGUGCUGGUUGCUCUCAUUUCUGUGUAUUUGAUUGCUUGUUGUGCGUUUAAGAAUGCGAAAACAGAGAAGCUGUUUGACAAAUACAAGCAGGGCCGUGAAAGCCAAGGCUAUGUCUGAAUUAUUACUAUUCUUGUUAUUAGGGUUUGUGUUGGUCUACGAUGUUUGUUUGAUCCAAACAAGGAUAUGGUUGAAUUAAUGAAUAUUUUAAAAGAAGAGGAGUUUUGGGGCCUUGUGUA